GUUGUGCUCCAGGACCUGCUGCUCCUCACCUCUCUCUACCUCUCCUUUUUCACAGGAACACCACCAUGGAUGCCUCGACUGGACAGAGCACACCACGCCUCGUCCUUGCUCCCGCACCGCGGCGCCUUCUCCUCUGGCAACCGGCCGCGCCGGCUGAAACAUGGCACAAUCCGCCGGGCACAAUCCGCCGCCGCACCCAACGACCACCAUCGUCUGUUCAAGUUCCCGUACCAUGGCGAGGCAUGGGCUGCUCAGUCGUGCAACUCACUCACAGCCGGGCGAUGGCUUACUCCAACGAUUUCUUGUGGGAGGCCGCCGGCGUUCGAGCUCCAACAACCAGCAUGUUCCAACCGAGGCCUUGCCUUCAGCUUUGUGGGUGUUGUAGUUUUGCCUAAUCUAUUGACUCUCACCGAUCAUCAGAUGUCAUUUAAUGCUUUGUCCGAGCUUCGCCCGGGCAACUCGCUUCGCCGCGUUCGCGUGCAUGUGUCAUGCCUGUGGCACCACCACGAUGGAACUGAAAAUUGUCCGAUUAAGCAUAUGGACUUGGUUAUACUCGACUCUCAGAACCAUCGAAUUCAAGUCAUCUUUGAGUACACGACAGCUUCUGAAGUUCGUGCCAUCAUGCUUUAGUUUCCCACAUGGGCUGAGAUGAUCCAAAUAAAAAGACGGUCUCGGGCACAAGAGCAUGAUGUGCUUGCGCCAUUUGCUUUCACACCAAGGCCACGCGGUUGAUCAUCCAAGUGCACCUAUGAAGUUGAUAGACAAGGCAGUUGGACGGAGCUACUAAUUAGUAUGUCUAAUAGCUAUGGCUUUGUAGUUUGACCGCCUUUACCGUCAUUAUGUCUGGCUUUUGCUUUCUUAUUAUGUUCCUGCUAUUAGUACUUCCUCUCUCGUUUCGUGCUCUUAGUAAUGAACUUAAUGUCGUAGUUAUUAGCUUUUGUGGUCUAAUGAACUCACUGAGUGUUCAUAAUCUCAUGAGGAUGUUGAACUCGAUAAUAUCUUGCUUUGUUGUCCUGUUGAAUACGUGUGUUAAACUA